UUUUGCCGUUUCACACACAUACCCUUCAGAAUCUAUACACUGCAUGCCGUUUUUCUGGUACUUCCACCACAGAAUAUCCUUUUUGGCUCACAGGUUUUUCUUUCUUCUCUCUUAUUUUCUCUACUCGUCCUGGAAGCUAAAUUCGAAGAAGUGACAACGAUCGCGUUGCGAUCAGAUUGACUUUUGUGGAUCGUGCAGCGAUGUUCUUGGUGGAUUGGUUCUACGGCGUGCUCGCUUCGCUAGGUCUAUGGCAGAAGGAGGCCAAGAUCUUGUUUCUAGGUCUCGACAAUGCCGGUAAAACCACCUUGCUUCACAUGUUGAAGGACGAGAGAUUGGUGCAGCAUCAACCAACUCAGCAUCCAACUUCCGAAGAACUUAGCAUUGGAAAAAUCAAAUUCAAGGCAUUUGACUUGGGCGGUCAUCAGAUUGCACGAAGAGUUUGGAAAGAUUACUAUGCUAAGGUUGAUGCUGUGGUCUACCUAGUGGAUGCUUAUGACAAAGAGAGGUUUGCAGAAUCGAAGAAGGAGCUGGACGCACUCCUCUCGGACGAGUCUCUAGCCACUGUCCCAUUCCUUAUCCUAGGAAACAAAAUUGACAUACCUUACGCUGCAUCUGAGGACGAGCUUCGUUUCCACCUUGGCCUUUCAAAUUUCACAACUGGUAAAGGCAAAGUGAAUCUAACUGAUUCGAAUGUGAGACCAUUGGAGGUGUUCAUGUGCAGCAUCGUCAGGAAAAUGGGUUAUGGUGAAGGCUUCAAGUGGCUCUCUCAAUACAUCAAGUAGAUUGGCACCUAUCGUUAAAAAAAGAUUAUAGAAUCGCUUGGCCUGUUUUUCAGUAUUUUGCUUCUCGUAAUUUCCUUACUGUCUUGUUGCUUAUAAACCUUUGUACUUGUUAGUAUAUUUAGAUUCGCCUUCGCUCAGUUUCAUGUAUGAUCUUUUAAGACAGACGUCGUUU